AUCAUGGCCCUCCCACAUACUUCCGCUUCCGACCUCAGGAGAGGCAGCCGGGUCAGAGGUCACGAGUGGAGCGUCUUCUCUGGCCCGGGCCGGCGUGGAAGGGCUGUGUGAUGGCCUCGGAGCGCCCGGAGCCGGAGGUGGAAGAAGCUGGGCAGGUGUUCCUAUUGAUGAAAAAGGAUUAUCGAAUCUCCCGAAAUGUUCGCCUGGCUUGGUUCCUCAAUCACCUACAUCAAAUUGUUCAGGCCACACCUCAGGAGAUGCUGCUUCAGUCUGAGCAAGAGCUGGAAGUCCUCAGUAUCCUGCCCCCUGGAUGGCAGCCAGAUGAACCAGUGGUCCCAAGGCCAUUCCUCCUUGUACCUUCUACCCGGGUAACCUUCUUGGCUUGGCAGUAUCGAUUUGUCAUUGAGCUGGACCUUAGUCCAUCUACAGGCAUUGUGGAUGAUUCCACAGGGGAGAUUUUGUUUGAUGAAGUUUUCCAUGCCCUCUCCCGCUGCCUAGGCGGGCUGCUUCGGCCCUUCCGAGUGCCUGGAUCGUACAUCAACUUCCAGCCUGAGAUCUACGUAACUAUCCAGGCCUACUCCUCAAUCAUUGGCCUACAGUCCCACCAGGUGCUAGUACAGGGCUGCCUUUUAGACCCUUCCCAGCGGGAAGAGUUCCUGCGGCAGGUAUAUGAGCAGCUGUGCCUGUUUGAGGAUAAGGUGGCCACCAUGUUGCAGCAGCAGUAUUACCCAGUGAAUCAGGCAGAAGAGCAGUCUCCAGACUCAGGGGAGCCACCAAGCCGGAAGGUGGGUGUCUCCAUGGUGACAGCCGAUCUUGGACUGGUCAGUAUGAUUCGUCAAGGCAUCUUGGCGCUGCAGCUGCUGCCCUCAAAUUCUAGUGCAGGAAUCAUUGUGAUCACAGAUGGGGUGACCAGUGUCCCGGAUGUUGCUGUCUGUGAAACAUUGCUGAACCAGCUGCGAAGUGGCACUGUCGCUUGUUCCUUUGUGCAGGUGGGAGGAGUUUACUCAUAUGACUGCAGCUUUGGCCACGUGCCUAAUGUGGAAUUGAUGAAGUUCAUCGCAAUGGCGACAUUUGGCUCCUACCUGUCCACUUGCCCAGAGAUUGAGCCUGGCAACCUGGGUCUGACAGUCUACCAUCGGGCAUUUCUCCUCUACUCCUUUCUGCGCAGUGGGGAAGCCCUGAACCCUGAGUAUUACUGUGGCUCCCAGCAUCGCCUAUUUAAUGAGCACCUGGUCUCUGCAAGCAGCAACCCUGCCUUGGCCCUGCGACGGAAGAAGCACACUGAGAAGGAGGUACCAGCAGACUUAGUCAGUACUGUGUCAGUACGGCUUCGAGAAGGCUACAGUGUCCGAGAGGUCACACUGGCCAAAGGAGGGUCCCAGCUAGAGGUGAAGCUGGUGCUGCUGUGGAAACACAACAUGCGCAUCGAGUAUGUAGCUACCGCACCCUGGCCCCUGGAGCCUGAGGGCCCUCGAGGAACACGGGUGGAAGUGACAAUGGAAGGUGGCUAUGACAUCUUACAUGACGUGUCCUGUGCAUUAAGGCAACCCAUUCGCUCCCUCUAUCGGACGCAUGUUAUCCGGCGGUUCUGGAACACACUACAGAGCAUUAACCAGACAGACCAGAUGCUAGCCCACCUCCAGUCCUUCUCUUCAGUUCCAGAACACUUCACGCUUCCAGACAGCACCAAGAGUGGAGUGCCACUCUUCUACAUCCCUCCUGGCUCUACCACCCCGGUACUCUCCCUUCAGCACAGUGGUUCUGACUCAUCCCAUGCUCAGUUUGCUGCCUAUUGGAAGCCAGUGCUGUCCAUGGAUGCCAACUCAUGGCAGCGCUGGCUACACAUGCACCGCCUGGUGCUCAUCCUGGAGCAUGACACACCUAUCCCCAAGCACUUGCACACUCCAGGCAGCAACGGACGCUAUAGCACAGUCCAGUGCAGGAUUUCCCACUCAUCACUGACCUCUCUGCUUCGGGACUGGAGCAGCUUUGUGCUUGUUGAGGGCUAUUCUUACGUGAAACUGCUCUCCAGUUCCCCAGACCAGCCACCUUCUUCCUUCUACAUGGUCCGCAUCAUUUCCAAGGCCCCAUGUAUGGUUCUUCGACUGGGUUUUCCCAUUGGCACGCCAGCACAGGCCCGGCACAAGAUUGUGUCAGGCUUGCGGGAAGAGAUCCUGCGGCUGCGUUUCCCCCACCGGGUACAAAGCAAGGAGCCAACACCCAAGGUGAAACGGAAGGGACUGGGGGGCAUUGGAGGAGGCAACUCUCCUUCUAAGUCGCCCCCCACACUGGGACCACAGCAGACCCUGUCUGACCGGCCCUGCCUUGUGGUCCUGCAUAAGCCACUGGACAAACUACUCAUCAGGUAUGAGAAGCUACCCCUGGACUACCGGGCACCUUUCCUACUGACACUGGAGCCUCCAGGUCCACUGCCUUUGGUGUCAGGCCGCUCAGCCUCUUCUAGCCUAGCAUCAUUGUCCCGUUACCUCUACCAUCAACGCUGGCUCUGGAGUGUGCCCUCAGGACUGGCCCCUGCACUGCCACUAAGCGCCAUUGCCCAGCUUCUGUCUGUCCUCACUGAAGUUCGUCUUUCUGAAGGGUUCCACUUUGCCUGCAGCGGAGAAGGAAUUAUUAACAUGGUGCUGGAGCUUCCCAUUCAGAAUGAACGCGCAGACCAGGCUGCCACGGAAGAAAGGCACACGUGUGUUGUCCAGUACAUCCUCUUCCCACCCCACUCUACCUCCACGAAAGACAGUUUCUCAACAGACGAUGAUAAUGAUGUGGAAGUGGAGGCCCUGGAGGGAGAUUCUGAGCUGAAUCUGGUCACUGAGGUGUGGGUAGAGCCUCAGUAUGGGCGUGUGGGACCUGGCCCCGAGAGCUGGAAGCACCUCCGGGACUUGACGUACUCUGAGAUCCCUCAAGCUCUCCACCCUAGAGAUGCAGCCUUCAUAGGCUCCUUGCUGAGCUUUGAAUACCUGAUCCAGCUGUGCCAGAGCAAGGAAUGGAGCCCCCUCCCCUCCGAACCAAGGAUCUCUACUGGAUUGAACCAGGGAGGAGACACCUGUGUCCAUGAGAUCCCUUUCCGUUUUGACCUCCUUGGACUCCUGCCUCAGUGCCAGCAGCUCCAGAUGUUCUUCCUGCUGCUUUCCAGAGAGCCAGAGGGCGUCCCUCUCGCCGAGGGGCCCUGUCCCGCCAACGACAUGGUGCUGUGCCUGCUGCACAGCUGCCUGGGCCAGGAGCUGAGCGACCGGGAGAUCCCACUGACCCCCACUGACCAGGCUACCUUCUUAAGCGAGGUGCUGCGGCAGAGCUGUCCUGAUACAGGUCCAGAGGGCCCACCAGUGAGGGACCAUGGGAUCCUGAAGGACCAAGCAGUCAGCUGUGCGCAGUCUACUGGAGGCUCUGCUCUUCUUGCCCUGAGGAGAGCGCCUCCUCAAGUUCUCAAGCCUCUCAGCUCUGUCCAGCCCCCUCAGUGGCACUGUUAUGCAAGGCUUGUGACCCCCCAACAUGUGUUUCUGACUUUCCUCCCAGCUACCUUCUCAGAUAUCCAGCAUCUGGCUGCAUAUGGCCUGGAGGGACCCUGUCAGGAGGAGACAAAGCCCAAGUUUGGAGAUUGGAGUGGGGCCCAGAGCCAGAAAGACCUGGAAGGACCUGGGGUUAGGGCUGCCAAGGCCCAGAUCCCCAUCCUCAGUGUCACCCCUGCUGACGAUAGUGCCCAGAAUCUAGAAGAACUAAGCUCCCCUACCCACCAGGAAUGGCAAGCUUACAGUGGGCAUCAGGCUCCACAGACAGAGGGUACAGAUGGACCCCGAACCCGCUGUCCUGUCUACAUUUAUAGCUGUUCCCUAGAAGCACUGAGGGAACAGAUGGUUGGCAUGCAACCCCCUCCAGCACCCCGAGACCUCAUCUUCCGGACUCAGUUCCUGGACCAGCCUUCCCCAUCCUCAGCUUGGAUGGAGCCCAGGUACAAGGAGGCAGCCAACCACUGUGCUUUACUGCAGGAGCAUGCACAGCGAUGCUAUGUUCGCGGGCUGUUUCGGAGCUUGCAGCAAGCACAGAGCGUGACCUCCCAGGACUUGCUCAUAGCAGUAGAUGCCUGUGAGGAGCUACUACAAGAAGUAGAUAUCACUCCUUUUCUGCUUGCACUGUGUGGCCACACUCGAGGUUUGCCUCAUGCACCCCAAAGUCCUGGCCCUCUCAGCCCCGGGCCCUUCAGCAGCAGCAUCGAGGAGGGCCCUGAGCCUCGGGAACGAGCUAUCCUGGCUUCUGAAUCCAGCAUAGAGACCGAGGACCUGAGUGAGCCUGAGUUUCAGAGUGCCCGUGUUCCUGGCAGUAUGGACUCUGGCCUGGAGAUUUCUCUGACAGAUGUCUGCCAACUCAGAGGAGAGGCGCAUGAUGCCCUGCACAGCCUCAUUCAGGAGAAGUUCCUGGAGAUCAGUGGUCUCCACUUCCGCACAGUGCCCUCCAACCCACAUUAUUUCUUCUACUGCCCUCCAUCCAGCCGACGGGAGGACGAGGGUCCCCGGGACACAGUAGACAGAAAAGUCAGUGACCUGGAGUUUUCAGAGGCUGAGCUCAUGGGAGAAGAAGGAGACACAUCUGCCUGCUGCGUGGUCACUGAGAGUGACCCAGAGUUGGAGGUGGAGUACUGCGAGAGCCGUGAACCAGACCUGGAGCCCACAGGGCUUGACUCUGCCUCACUGUCAGAUGCAGACACUGUGAACCCCGAUGAGGACUCCUUCAGUAUCCUGGGGGGCGACUCACCCACUGGGCCCGACAGCCUCGUGCAUGACCUGCCACCUCUCUUCCUACACCUAACAUGCUCUGUGCGGCUGCGUGGGCAGCACAGCUCCAUCCCCGUAUGCAGCCUGCCCACCUGCCUGGGCCAGGUGCUCUCCAGUUUGGAAGGCCCCCUUGUUGGAGGCCGCAUUCCUCUGAGGGACCUCAGUGUUACUCUGGACGUCUUUGUGCUGACCCUGCCCCUGGAGGUGGAGCUCCCCCCAACUUCAGAUCCUCAGCACCACCGCUCAACAUCUGAGAGCAGUGCUUCAUUCCCACGAUCUCCAGGGCAGCCCUCUUCCUUAAGGUCAGAUGAUGACCUGGGCCCCCCACUGCCACCCCCAGAAGAAGACAGGCACCCAGGACUGUCCAGUUUGGCCACACCUCAUAGACUGGCUAUUGAGACCACCAUGAGUGAGAUCCGCUGGUUGCUGGAAGAUGAGAUGGUGGGGGCACUUCGAAGAGGGGGCAUCCCCCAGAGCCCCACCCUGCACCGUGCCGCUGCCCACAUCCAUAGCUCUCCUGGACGCAGCACUUGCCUUCGUCAAACUUUGCCACUGAGUUUUGUGUUUGGGCCAGAGCGGUCCCUCACACAGUUCAAGGAGGAAUUCCGCUGCCUCCACCUCCCUGGCCAUGUCCUUCUUGAAGACCCUGAUAGUGGCUUCUUCUUUGUGGCUGGUCAGCAGCCAGAUGGUUCUCAUCAAGAAUCUCCUCCAACAGCCUGGGCUUGGCACAGCCCUGAGGGUAGGACUGAAGAGGUAGAAGGGGAGGCUCUAACAGCCAGUCCCCUGAUCCCUGGAUCUCCAGAGCAUUUUGAGGUCCCCUCUCUCAUCAGUCUGCCUAGCCUGCCACAGGGAGGAGGGAACCAGCCUGGACCAAGCAGAGGACUAAGCCUUAUGUCCAGUCAGGGCAGUGUGGACUCAGACCACCUAGGUUAUGAUGGUGGCAGCAGCGGCUCAGACAGCGAGGGUCCCAAUGAAACCCCAAGUGAGAAGACUCCCUUCACACUGCGAACCCCACCUGGGCCAGCACCUCCACAGGCUUCCCUCUCUGGCCUCCCUGGGCCCUGCCUGCCUGAUUUCUGGCUCAUUAUCCGUGUCCUGCAGGAUCGUGUGGAAGUAUAUGCACAUGCACAGAGUCUGAUUCGUGAGGACGGUGGCCCAGGCUCUAAGUGUCGCCACCUGCAGCAGCUUCUGGUGAGGCGAGUUGGGGAGAUCUGCAGAGAGGUCAACCAGAGGCUGCUUCUGCAAGACCUUCAUGACAGUCACGUGUGUAACUCUCUCCUGGUGGCUGAGAGUGAAGAAGAUCUGUGGCGCAGUGAGACUCUCUUCCACUCACGUCAGAGGGUACCACUGCCCAGUGAUGAUUAUGCUGCUGAUGACAGCUGUGCACCCCGAGGGUACCUAGCAGCCACAAUGCAGUUUGUGCCUGGUCAUUUCUCCUGUGAUGUUGUGUGGGGAACAGUGAUUCGAGUCCAUUCACGCCUUAAGAUGGGGCCCAGUAUGGGGGUCUCACGGGCCAUCCAGGCCCUGCGCUCUGUGCUUAAUGCCUUCUCUGUGGUGAACCGGAAGAACAUGUUUGUUUAUCAGGAGCGAGCAACCAAGGCUGUGUACUAUCUUCGCCUCCUGGAGACAUCCUGCAGUGAGCGGCCAUGGGAAAGUGAUGCUAUGCCCCCCUCCCUAGCUUUGUCCCGGAGCCAGGAGCCUAUCUACUCUGAGGAAACCUCGGGUCCUCGUUCUCCCCUGGACACGGCCGCCAGCCGUAACUCAGAUGCCGCUCGUCCUGUGGGUCAGGUGGACAGACAUAUCCAGCUGCUUGUGCAUGGUGUAGGGCAGGCAGGUCCUGAGAUCACAGAUGAGCUAGUGCGUGUUCUGCGUCGACGCCUGGACGAGGCCACACUGGACGUCAUCACAGUCAUGCUUGUUCGGAACUGCAAGCUAACACCUGCUGAUGUGGAGUUCAUCCAGCCCCCCGGAAGUCUCCCCUCAGAGGUCCUGCACCUGGCCCUCCCCUCCACCUGCCGGCCCUGGCUUCCUGCCCUGGCCUGGUACCUGCGGCAGAACCUGCUCAUCUUCCUGCACUCUCCCAAGUACACAGACAGCAACAGCCGGAACCACUUCCAACAUCCACUCCCACCACAGGGCAGCCUCCCUGACUUGGACAUCUACCUAUAUAAUAAGCCUGGUGGACAGGGCACUGGGGGCAAAGGGGUUGCCUGCAUUACUCUGGCCUUUGUGGACAAGGGAGGAGCUCCUAUCUCAUUGACAUCAUGGACUCCCCCUUCUCCUGGGCCCCCAAACCCACUGCAAGAGGAGGAGUUUGAGCAACUGACUCAAGUUACUCGCUGCCUGGUCAUGACAGACAGUUCCUCAGCCCAGAAUGAGGCCCCACGGCUGCGACUGGAUGUGUGGGAGAAGGGGAACAUCAGUAUUGUGCAGCUGGAGGAGAAGCUCCGAGGAGCAGCUCGCCAGGCCCUAGCUGAUGCUGUCAUGGAGCUGCAGCUGCUACCAGCCCCUUUGUGUAUAGAGGACACCACCCCAGGAAACCUCAGGAGUGGAUCAUUGGAAGUCAAGAGCCCAGCAGGGCGAGCUAGCACCUUUCCGCCUGGCCCUGGCUCUGGCUCUGGCCCUGGCCCUGGGGAGCCUGUGACUCCUCCCAGCAAAUCCAGCCGGCGCAGCUUCUGGGAUAUGCUGAGUAAAACAGAAGGCGGGGAUUUGGGCUCCCCCAAAACAACUGAUGACAUUGUCCUGGAUCGGCCUGAAGACACUCGGGGCCGGAGGCGUCACAAAACUGAAAAUGUCAGGACUCCUGGUGGAAUUGAGCGGGCACCAGGCGCAGAUUCUGGGCCUCAGAGACAAAGACGACGGACCACACAGCUAGAGGAAGGCGAGGUGGGGACCCUGCAGCAUGUGUUCACUCAUGUCACUCAGCGCUGGAUGGAGUUUAUGGUCCGGAUUGGUUGUGCUUCAGUGUCCAAGAGCUCUACCCACAUAGUAUCCCGCUUCCUCCUCCCAUCUGUCCUGUCUGAGUUCAACACACUCGUCACCUCCAUGGCUGGAGACACCACUGUCCGUGUCUUUGAGCAGCAUCUGGAUUCAGAGCCAAAGAUCUUCAGUCCUUGUUCCUUGGAACAGCUGGGCCCAACUCCCCGCCCAGCAGCUAAGCGCCAUAUGCUGCUUCUGGGAAGAAACUUCCUGCAGUGGAGGAGACCAAUUCAGCAGGCUGCCAAAACUCUACAACGCUUUGAGCCAGGUGGUGACGGGAGCUCUGGGCGAAAUACUCCUCGUCAGAGGUUCUUGCUGUUAGAAGUCGUGGACAAGAAGCUACAGCUGCUGACAUACAACUGGGCUCCAGACUUGGGGGCAGCACUGGGCCGUGCACUGGUCCGCCUGGUGCAGUGGCAGAACGCACGAGCCCAUCUCAUCUUCUGCCUCCUCAGCCAGAAGCUUGGGCUUUUCCAUCAUUAUGGCCAGCUAGACUUUCCAGUGCGGGAUGAAAAGGAACCAAACCCAUUCCUAUUGCCAACCAUGGAAGCAGAGCCCCUCAUCCGGAGCGCAAGCCCUCCUCUCACCCGCGAGCAAGGCCGGCUAAGUGGGGCCUCUCGGGGUGGGGGUCCCCUUCCCUUGGACACGUUCCCCUUUGAUGAGGCCCUAAGGGAUAUUACAGCAACCCGUCCGAGCUCCUCACUUGGUCCUGUGUCCAGACCUCCUGAUCCUGUCACUUACCAUGGACAGCAGUUCCUGGAGAUCAAGAUGAUUGAGCGUAGAGAGCUGGAGCGCCAGAUGAAGAUGGAGAAUCUGUUUGUGACCUGGCAGCAGCGUUCUGCCCCAGCCAGCAUGCCCAUCAGUGCCGGAGAGCUAGAGACCCUGAAGCAGUCAUCCCGCCUGGUGCAUUACUGUGCAACAGCCCUGCUCUUUGACCCAGCUGCCUGGCUGCACGGGCCCCCAGAGACAUCUGGGCCCCCUGAAGGGCAGCGGCGCCAUCGUCCUGAGUCAGGGUCAGGGAGCAGAGAGGCCCCAGGAGGCUGCGAAUCUUCUGAAGUGCCUCUUCCCAGUGCCCGUGAAGAGCCUUGGCUGAAGGAGCUGAGCCUGGCUUUCCUGCAGCAAUAUGUGCAGUAUCUGCAGAGCGUGGGCUUUGUGCUGGUGCCACUGCGCCCCCCCUCACCCGCCCGCAGCACCAGCCGGCUUCGGGCCAUGGCUGUCCUUGGAACAGAAGGUCGAGGCUCUUUCUCUUGCCCUAAAACCAAGACUGAUGGAAGCCCUAAGAGCACUGGCUCUCCAGUCACCACCUACCACCUGCAGCGAGCACUGCCUGGGGGCAUUAUCCUCAUAGAAUUGACUUUCCAGGGCUGUUACUUCUGUGUCAAACAGUUUGCCCUGGAAUGUUCCCGAAUCCCUAUGGAACAAGCUGUCAACUCUCAGCUGUCCAUGCUGUUUACGGAGGAGUGUGACAAGGUGCGGGACCUGAUGCAUGUGCACUCGUUCAGCUAUGACUUCCACCUGCGUCUCGUGCACCAACAUGUGCUGGGCACCCACCUGGUGCUGAGGCAUGGCUACCACCUCACCACCUUCCUACGGCACUUCCUGGCCCACCACCCUGAUGGCCCCCACUUUGGCCGAAAUCAUAUUUACCAAGGGACACUGGAGCUCCCCACACCACUCAUUGCCGCCCACCAGCUGUAUAACUAUGUCGCUGACCACGCCAGCUCCUAUCACAUGAAGCCAUUGAGAAUGGCCCGGCCAGGGGGCUCAGAACAUAAUGAAUAUGCCCUGGUGUCGGCGUGGCAAAGUCCUGGCUCCUACCUAGACUCAGAGGGACUUCGCCACCAGGAUGACUUUGACGUGUCUCUGCUUGUUUGUCACUGUGCUGCACCCUUUGAGGAACAAGGAGAAGCCGAGCGUCAUGUUCUACGGCUGCAGUUCUUCGUGGUGCUCACCAGCCAACGAGAGCUCUUCCCCAGACUCACAGCGGAUAUCCGCCGCUUCCGGAAGCCACCCAGACUGCCCCCAGAGCCAGAGGCUCCUGGGAACUCAGCUGGUAGCCCUGGGGAGGCCUCAGGGCCUGGUCUGACACCAGGACUGGCUCCCCUCUUUCCCCCACUGGCUGCAGAGGUGGGUGUAGCAAGGACACGGCUGGCUCAGCUGGUUCGGCUGGCUGGUGGGCACUGCCGACGGGACACCCUCUGGAAGCGCCUCUUCUUGCUGGAGCCAGCAGGGCCUGAUCGGCUGCGUCUUGGGGGGCGCCUGACCCUGGCUGAACUGGAGGAGCUCCUUGAAGCAGUCCAUGCUAAAUCCAUUGGGGACAUCGACCCCCAGCUGGACUGCUUCCUGUCUAUGACAGUCUCCUGGUACCAGAGUCUGAUCAAGGUUCUCCUAAGCCGAUUUCCCCAGAGCUGUCGCCAUUUCCAGAGCCCAGACUUGGGCACUCAGUACCUGGUUGUACUGAAUCAGAAGUUCACCGACUGUUUUGUGCUAGUGUUUCUGGAUUCCCACCUGGGAAAGACAUCUCUGACAGUGGUCUUCCGAGAACCCUUCCCGGUCCAGCCCCAGGACAGCGAGAGCCCCCCUGCCCAGCUGGUCUCUACAUACCAUCACCUUGAGUCUGUCAUCAACACAGCCUGUUUCACCCUGUGGACCCGCCUCCUCUGAGGGAUGGGCCACCAGAUGCCUCCAUUCCUCAAAUCAUGAAUCUAAGACUUCUACUUGAAGUAAGACUGACCAGACCUUCUGGGCCCCAAAGUAAUCGUGGAUGCCAAAGGCUGUAGAGACCUACAGCCCCAGCCUAGCAGUAGGGGGUUGCCCUUCCCAAACUCUAGCUACCAUCCAGCCCAGAGCUCCAGAAGAUCAGGUUUCUCCCUGAGAUCAAGUCCUCUAGGGCCCCUGUGCCCUUCCAGAAAGAGAAUCCUCCUUCCUACUCACCUGGUGGAGUAGGAGUACCAGGAACCCUUCAGAGCAUGUGGCAAGCAUUCAACCUUCGGAGCUCCUCUACCUGAACCCUGCCUCCAGGUCUGUGGUCACUGUCAGUGGCACCCCUGCCCCCUCUCCCAUCAUCAUUUCCCUCUGGACUUCAUCUGCCACUCAGGCCUGAGUGCUAGGCACUGCCAUUAAGGUGAGGCACCUGGGUUUCUCAUCCGAAAAUGAGGAGGUGGACUCCAUAGCCACACUGGCACAGACUGGAGAACUUCAGUAUGAGCUGUAUAUCCCUUCUCAACAGGAGGGAAGAAACUCAGAGAAGCUGAAGGUUUAGACACUAUGUGUCUUGUCCCUCCCACCCUCAAUAAUAUACAUACAUGAAAAUGUUCA